GGCAGAUUGUGGACUAACUUCCUGCUUACGGGAAAGGGUGUUUCUUAGCAGUCCCACCCCAUGCAAAGCAGUGGAAGAGCCUGGGGGAGCGUUUCCUCUCUCAGGAGCCCCUUGAGGACACACUACAGAUGCAGGAAGACGCUGGACAAGGACGGCCAGCUGAAAGGAGGCGUCCAGGAGAGACCAUGGCUGUAGCCCUGGAAGCCCGGGCCCAGGCCUCCCCACUACCAGAGCCUGAAGAACUCUUGAUUGUCAAGCUGGAGGAGGACUCAGGGAGACCAGACUCCCAACCCCGGGAGAAGGACCAUGACCCUGUCCCUGGCCCCGAGGCCUCCCGCCAGCGCUUCAGGCAGUUCCGGUACAGGGAUGCGGCAGGACCCCACGAGGCCUUCAGCCAGCUCUGGGCACUCUGCUGUCACUGGCUGAGGCCGGAGAUCCGCCUCAAAGAGCAGAUACUGGAGUUGCUGGUGCUGGAGCAGUUCCUGACUAUCUUACCCAGGGAGGUCCAGGCCUGGGUACAGGCACGCCACCCUGAGAGCGGCGAGGAGGCGGUGGCCCUGGUGGAGGAUUGGCACCGAGAGGCGCGGGCCGCAGGACAGCGGGAACUGGAACUGUGUGCAGAAGAGACCAGGUCCUUAAAGACAAUGAAGGAAUCUCAGAGCUUCCAGCUGUGGCCAGCAGAUCACUGGUCCGAGGGACAGUCCCAGAAGCAGUGUGUGAAGAAUCCAUAUCCUGACAUUCCCAAGCAUCUUGACACCAAGAUGACAGCACAGCCCUUGAAAGAGAGUGCUGUUCUCACUCCCCGAGUCCCUACUCUACCAAAGAUGGGGAGCAUUGGAGAUUGGGAGGUGACAGUGGAGUCCCAGGAAGCCCUGGGUCCCGGCAGACACGCUGAGAGGGAGUUCUGCAAGGACCCCCCAGGAGACAGCUGUGGGAAUGGCCUGCCCCUGGGAGUUCCAGUUUCAAAACCAACCAUCAUCUCCCAGCAAGAGCAAGGACCAGAAUUUUGGGGUCCAAGACUUGUAAAUUCUGGACAAAAGAACCCUUCAGAUUACAGCUGGGAUACUGAGCAAACAAAACCAGUUCAGGCAUUGGCCUGGAGGGAUUCCAAGGCCUGGGAAGAACGAUAUCAGUGGGACAUGGAGGAUGUGAAAGUAUCAGGUGUGCACUGGAGCUAUGAGGAGACUAAGACUUUCCUGGCAAUUUUGAGUGAGUCUCCUUUUUCUGAAAAACUCCGGACUUGUCACCAGAACCGCCAGGUGUACCGGGCCAUUGCAGAGCGGCUGAGGGCACAGGGCUUCCUGCGGACCCUGGAGCAGUGUCGCUACAGAGUCAAAAACCUCCUACGGAAUUACCGGAAAGCCAAGAGCAGCCACCCGCCGGGGACCUGCCCCUUCUAUGAGGAGCUGGAGGCCCUGGUGAGGGCUCGGACGGCCAUCAGAGCCUCAGAUGGCCCAGGAGAGGCUGUGGCUCUCCCCAGGCUGGGGGACAGUGAUGUGGAGGUGGAUGAGCAGGAGGAAGGGGGCUGGGAACCUGAGGAAACAACUGACGACUGUAAUGGUGAUGAAAGUCACCUGGCCACUGAAGAGUUCGUCCAUGGACCCAGGAUUCCAGGGGGCCCAACUCUGCUCCAGAGUCGUAUUGCAGGUGUGCACUGGGGCUACGAGGAGACCAAGGCCUUCCUGACCAUUCUCAGUGAGUCCCCAUUCUCUGAGAAGCUUCGCACUUGUCACCAGAACAGCCAGGUGUACCGGGCCAUUGCAGAGCGGCUGUGCGCACAGGGCUUCCUGCGGACCCUGGAGCAGUGUCGCUACAGAUUCAAAAACCUCCUUCGAAGCUACCGAAAAGCCAAGAGCAGCCACCCACCUGGGACCUGCCCCUUCUAUGAGGAGCUGGACUCGCUGAUGAGGGCUCGGACUGCGGUUCGAGACAUGGGGACCAGCAAGGAGGCAGUGGGUCUUCCUACUUCUGGGGAGAGUGGUACCCAGAUUGUCAACCAGGAGGCCUGGGAUGAAAUGGCAGGUGAAGAUGCCGUCAGAUCUCCAACCCCAGGUCCUAAAACCCCAGACACUGGUUUUGAGAUGAGGCAUGAGGAUGAAGACCAGAUUUCAGAGCAGGACAUUUUUGAAGAUUUGCCUGGAGGCUUAUCAAAGUGUACUGCAGAGGAUGAUUGCUACCCUCAUGAUUGGGGGGAAGACAGUGAAAAUGAAAACGAAGGUAAAGGGCAGUGGGGAAAUCCAUCCCAGGAUCAGUGGGAAGAAUGUUCUUCUGAAGAGGACUUAGAAAAACUCAUCGAUCAUCAAGGCCUGUACCUUGCAGAGAAACCCUUCAAGUGUGACACGUGCGUGAAAAGGUUCAGCCGGAAUUCGCAGUUAAUCGCCCACCAGCGGAUACACACAGGUGAGAGGCCCUACAAAUGCCUUGAAUGUGGGAAAAGCUUUAGUGACCGCUCCAACUUCAAUACCCAUCAGAGAAUCCACACUGGAGAGAAGCCCUACAAAUGCCUUGAAUGUGGGAAAAGCUUUAGUGACCACUCCAAUCUCAUCACCCACCAGAGAACGCACACGAGGGUAAAGCCCUAUAAAUGUGGGGAAUGUUGGGAAAGCUUCGCCCAGAGCUCAAACCUUCUGAAACAUCAGAGAAUCUACUUGGGAGGAAAUCCUGAUCACUGUGGUGAGCCUGGGAAAAACUCUGGCCACAGCCCAUCCUUUAGUGCUCACUGGAGGAACUCAACAGGGGAGACAUUUCCGGAACAAACUCAAAGUGCCAGUAAGAACUUGAAUUCUCCCGGAGUGCAAAGCACCAACUCAGGGGAUAAACUUUAUCAGUGUUCCGAAUGUGGAAGAAGCUUCUCCAAGAGUUCUGCCCUCAUCAGUCACCAAAGAAUCCACACGGGAGAGAAACCAUAUGGAUGUGCCGAAUGUGGGAAAAGCUUCAGUAAGAGCUCCACGCUGGCCAACCACCAGCGAACCCACACUGGGGAGAAGCCGUAUGAGUGUGCGGACUGUGGGAAAUGCUUCGGGGAGCGUUCCAAGCUCAUCACACACCAGAGGGUGCACACAGGAGAGAAGCCCUACAGAUGCCUCGAGUGUGGGAAGUUCUUCCGUGACCGUUCCAACCUCAUUACCCACCAGAGAAUCCACACAGGAGAGAAGCCUUAUAAGUGCAGAGAGUGUGGGAAAUGCUUUAACCAGAGCUCCAGUCUUAUUAUUCACCAGAGAAUCCACACUGGGGAGAAACCCUACAAGUGUACGGAGUGCGGCAAAGAUUUCAACAACAGCUCCCACUUCAGUGCCCACAGGAGAACCCAUGCAGGAGGGAAGUCAUCAUAGGAGACAAAAGAGAAAAACAUAUAUUUAAAUCUCCCAAGAUCCUAAGACGUAUGCUAGAAAGAAACUGUCCCAAUUUUUAAGAUUAGCGUGUACCUGGGGAACUUACCUUGGUACAUGAAGGCACUUUUCUUAAGUGUAAUGUGUUUUUUCUCCUGCAAAAAACCCCACACAAUCCUCAGGCUGCUCUUAUAUUUGCUGUCGUGUAAGAGCUUUAUCAGUGUUUGAGCCAGACUGGUAAAUGAGGGGAUUAGAGGUAAAUCAGUGAUCCUGAACAGUGAUUCUAGACCUUGCUGUGCCUUCACACCAUCCACAUGUACACACGCCCCAUCGGUGUACGUUGGCAAAUUCUCAUAUGUGGCCAUUUUCCAUUGGGGCGUAACCUCCUGGGAGAACUUUGAGACUCUCCAGUGAUGGGGGCAUAAUUGAGAAUCAGUGGCCUAGAGCAGGCCACCAUGAGCUUAUCAAAGGGUAGAAACAACAGUGACAUCAUUAUUACAUCAUUAUUAAUAAUAGCAAAAGUAGCCAGCAUCUAUCGAGCUCUUCAGCAGGCUCUGUGCUAAGCACUUUGUAUACAUCAUCUCAUUUACUCCUCACAGCAGCCCCAGGAGGUACUAAUAUUUUCCCCAUUUCCCAGAAGAGAGAAGUGACUUGCUUGGGUCACACAUCUGAAAAUGGCAGAGGCAGGAUUCAACCAGCUCUGUCUAGGGCCUGAGGUGCUCUCACCGCUUCACUGAAUCUCCUUUUGCAUUGGGGCAGGUAACUCAGGUGCCAAAGCACUUUGUAGACCACAUUUUCUGUUAAAAUUCCCUAUGAAUUCUGUUUUUAACAAAUAUGGGCAUUGAGAAUCCCAAAAGAUUGAAGGACUGGGGGUGUUCACAGUUGGCAGUGUGCUUUGAGCAAGGCUGAGCUCUCAUCAGAGCACUUGAUGUGAAUUCCCAUCUUCACAAUGAUAUGGGUGAGAGACAGAGGUGAGUUGAGAUUGGGAACAAUAUGUAGCCAAAGUGAUGUUUCUUCCAAUGAGAUACAGUUUUGGCUAAGGAAAUGGGGUUUUUAAGAAUUUCCCUUUUUCUCAGGGGGUCAGCCCUGCUUCUUGUUAGACUUGGCUGGAUCGUAGGUUGAACCUUAAGAAACCUGGGCUCUCUGGCCAGUGCUCACUCACCCUGGUGUGUUGGCCCCCUGGCCCUUUCCCUCCAGGCACAGCAGAAGCUUUGCACCAAGGCUGAGGCAGAAGGGGGGGUGGAAGGAGCGGUGUGUGUGGCGUGCCGCGGAGGGGGCUUUGAAGGCUAUUGCUUAGUCCAGGUUCACGGUGCACUCUUACUCUAAGCCAUCUCGGCCCAGACC